CGACUGAUUCUUUUCUACGAAUUGGAUACCUGGGGCCACAACACCCGUACCCGGAUCCCUGCGUUAGCCGCAUCCAGGCGCACUCCGAUAAACCAUGUCCGAGGCAUUGUUGAUAAGGAAGCAUUGUAUUCUCUAUAUAUUAUACCAAGCUUCCCACUGAACGGGCAAUCAAUUACAACCUGUAAUAGAUUUUUAAUUCCAUCCAAAGACCAUUCAAAUUUGAUACCAUAAUAUUUUUAAUUGAUUCGCAUUUGAGGAUCAACGCCUUUUCAGCCUUCUUAUCACAUCUAUCUCCUGCUAUCGCAUCCAUCUAUAAACAAUAUGCCUGCUCAAGUCUCUUACGCCAGAUACGGCAAGGACAAUGUCCGCGUCUACAAGGUUCACCGCGAUGAAGCGUCUCGUACGCAGACCGUCGUCGAAAUGACUGUUCGCGUCCUGCUCGAGGGUGACAUUGAGACAUCGUACACGGAAGCAGAUAACAGCGUUGUUGUUGCCACAGAUAGCAUGAAGAAUACCAUUUACAUUCUGGCAAAGCAGCACCCAGUCACUCCUCCGGAACUCUUUGCCUCUAUCAUCUCCAAUCACUUUAUCACUACUUAUAAGCACAUUCACGGCGCCCACGUCAAAAUCAUUACCCAUCGAUGGACCCGUUUGUCUAUUGAUGGAAAGCCUCAUCCCCACUCGUUCCUUCGUGAUGGCACUGAGACUCGCAACGUUGAGCUGCUGGAGCGGGAAGGCCAAGGUGUCUCGAUCCGUUCAGGCAUUGUCGGCCUGACCGUGCUCAAGAGUACUGGCUCCGCUUUCCACAGUUUCGUCCGUGACGAAUACACCACGUUGCCAGAGACUUAUGAUCGCAUUCUGAGCACUGAUGUCAAUGCUGGAUGGACAUGGAAGCGAUUUGCUGGUCUGAGUGAGGUCAAGGCCUCCAUUCCUGCAUUUGAUGCUGCUUGGGAGGCUGCGCGCAACAUCACCCUGAAGACCUUUGCCGAAGAUGAGAGUGCUAGCGUGCAGAACACCAUGUAUAAGAUGUGCGAGCAAAUUCUCGGAGUCGCUCCUCUUGUGGACAACGUGGACUACUCUUUGCCAAACAAGCAUUAUUUUGAGAUUGACUUGAGCUGGCACAAGGGUCUCAAGAACACCGGCAAAGAUGCCGAAGUGUAUGCCCCCCAAACAAACCCCAAUGGCCUAAUUCAGGUCACUGUUUCCCGACAAGGCAAACCAGCGAAGCUAUGAAUUACAUGGUCACAAGAUUUUUGGACUCUAUUGCCUCUCCCAUCGUCUGCCGAUCGAUAUUUCUUUCUUUCUUUUUUUCCGGGUUAAUUUGUUCUGAGAGCAUCUUGAGCGCAAUUUUGGAAUCUGUUCUUGUCAUUAGGUGUCUCUAAAUGGUCUUCUUGAGCCCCCAAUAGCUAGAAUCUUGGGAAUAUAGACAAAAUAUAAUAUACAUAAAGGAAAUGCCUUGAUAGUACGCCGAGAAAGAUAUGAAGUGGUGUAUAG